GUGAAAGGUGGAAUCGCGCAAAGGGCGUCUUGACAAAGGAGAACAAAAAUUUGGAACGCUGCUAUAGCCGACCUGCGUAAAUAAGGAGUUCUGACCGCUGUAGCUGAGUAGGCGGCAUAAAAUAGGCAUAUUUGCCCAAACGUGAGCAGGCUAAAUCGCCCUUCUUUUCCGAUAUCGUAAAGCGUAAAAAUAGGGAAAAAAGCAAAGCCGUGCGCGCUCUUUCCCGUUUAUAUAUUAAAAGAAUAAAUCUCAAGCGACGCAUGCUUAACUCGACCUUAGCGGGUACGCGCAACAAACCAGAAGGGAAUUACUAAAUUGAGGAGAAUAAUUUUCCCCCACAUCUUUUUACUAUGCGCGUUUCGUGCAACAUAUCGAGAUAUUGUGAUGAAAAGAAAAAAAAAAUAGCGCGCCCCAGUGCGGUCAGUAUACCAACAUUUAUUUUGCCUACGCAUAAAUAUCCUCGAGUUGGAGCAGAAGUUAAAAAUAUAGAGUUAAUACCCAUUUUGAAGAUCAUUUUUGUAAAUUCGUUUUUUCAAAUUUCUGCAGUGGUUACAUAUUUAAAUUGUAAUCAUCUCAAUAUGUACGUAUAUACGCAAAAAUAUACGCUUUAUUUAUACAUGUAAAUUUCCUCUGGAGCUGCUCCCGCUCUGCUUUUCCUCGGCAAACGCGAAGACGACAAACUUGUAAAUGAAGUAAGAGGAAAAAAUAGCUAGCUAGUAAUAAAAAAAAAAAAUAUAUGAACAUGUCAGGCAAAAACGGGGGGCAGCCAAUUCAAAAAAAAAAAAUUUUUAACAAAAACUAUGGAAACAAAGUGAAGAAGCACAGGAAAGGGAACCAGGGCAGGAAGAACGAUGGGAAGAACCACGUCGACGAGAGAGCCCAGCUGCAGAAAGAUAUCGAUGAAAAGUUAGAAGCCCUUGUUGAGGAAAAUAAAAGAAAGCAAUACGAAGAACAAUGGAAAAGCCACUUUGACAAAGGCGACCGCCCCAGUGAUAGCCCCCAAAAGGGGAAAAAUGGCGAAGAUGAGAGCAACACCACUGGAAAUAACCACCACAGUGGUGACAAAAAAAAGGAAAAAAAUAAUAAGGUUUAUAAAAAUAACCUAACGAUCAUAGACAAAAAUGUUCUGACGGAGCACGAGUUUAAGACAUUGCCAAUAAGUAAAAGGACCCUAAGAGCGCUAAACGAAAACAACUUUGUGCACAUGACAAACAUACAGGCAGUGUCUAUCCCCAUCGUUUUGCUAAAUAAGCAUAUCUACGCGCAGGCGCAAACGGGAACUGGGAAAACGCUAUGUUUCUGUGUCCCUCUGGUGGAAAAACUGUACAGAAAUAGCAUCGACAACUACAAUCGAAUUUUGGGAGGGCUGAUAAUUACCCCAACGAGGGAGCUGGUGUUUCAAAUUUUUGAAGUCCUAAAUAUGUUAAAUAAGUAUCAUAAGCUAAAUAUAUGCUGCGCGAUAGGCGGGAAGGAUGAAGAGAGAGAGAAAUCAAUUUUUAGUUACGCAAACAUUAUUGUUUGCACAACGGGCAGGUUACUGUACCACUUGGAAAACAAUUACUACUGCAACUUGGACUACUUGAGCACCCUCGUGAUUGACGAAAUUGACAAAUUAAUUGAUAGCAGUUUUUACGACAAUUUGAAGAACAUUCUGCUGUACAAGCCGAAGGAAAAUUGCCAAAUCUGUCUGUUCUCAGCCACGAUUUGUAAAUUUUUAAGCAUCAUAUUGAGAACCUUCAACAUUAAGGACUACGAAUACGUGAGCAUUAAUGACAAUGAGAGGUACAUCGAGAGUAACAACGUGAAGCAGAUCUACAUCGAGUGCGACAUUUAUAGCAAGAUCAACUAUUUGUACACUUUCCUAUUUUCAAAAAAGAACAAAAAGAUAAUUGUUUUUUUCUCAACAUGUAAGCAAGUUCGAUUUAUGUAUGAGGUGUUCAGAAAAAUCAAAGUUGGCGUAAUGAAGUUUUUACAACUGCAUGGGAAGCUAAAACAAACAAGCCGCUUAAACACGUACCAUUUUUUUUCCAAAAAGAGGAACUUCGUCUGCUUAUUCACCACCGAUAUCGCUUGCCGAGGUUUGGACUUUGCCUCCGUAGACUGGGUCAUCCAUUUUGAUUUUCCAGAAAAUGUGGAAACCUUCAUUCACAGGUCAGGCAGAACGGGAAGAUUCACCAGCCUGGGAAACAGCCUCAUCUUCCUAACCACAGAAAUUGAUAACAAAAAAAUUUUCCUAAACGUACUAAAAGAAAACAACAUAGAAAUUAAGGAAAAAUUUAUCAAAAAAAAUAAGCUGUUUGAUAUUAACAAUAAAAUUCACUCCCUAAAUGCGGCCUUUGUCGAUAUAAAGUAUUUGGCCAAAAAGGCCCUCGUCAUUUAUCUGAGGCAUUUAUAUAUUGUCAUGAAAUUUAAGGACAUAAAGAAGCUGAACCUUAAUGAGCUGGCCUACUCAUAUGGGCUCAUCGAAUUUUCCUCAUCCAUGAUGGAGGAGUUGAACAUAGCUGACACCCAGAAGGUCGAAGUUAAAAAGAAGAGGUCCCGUUUUGAGAAGUUUAUGGAAAUACUAAAAAGGAAGAAGUUGAAGGGGGGAAGUGCACCCGUGGAGGGGGAGAAAAGACAAGGCGAUGUCCCUUCACACGAACUCGGUAAUACACAUGGUACGGGGGACAACUCCCCACGAAAUGCUCCACAACUACCAGAUUUUGAUGCAAAAGAGGAAGAAGAUUUAUUUAUCCAAAAGGAGGCCCAAAUUGAGGACGACUCCCCAGUGAUGCUACCAACCAAAAAGAGAAAGAAGCGAGUCAAGGUGGCCAAAACGCUAAGCAACAGUGUGCUCUAUGAUGACAGCGGAAAUGAAAUCAAUGAUGACGGGGUGAAGCUAAAAAUUUUGGUGAACGAAUUGAAUGAGGACAGGAAAGAGGAUGCGCAAGAUAUGGAAAGCGAAUACGAUGGUGACGGUGACCGUGAAGGUAGAGAUCGAUACCAAGGCGGUGACAACGAUGCUGCCGCUACCGCUGGUGCUACCCCCGGUGGAAAUACCUACAUUCAGUCGCUGAGGGAAAAAAUCCAAAGGGACAAUGAGAAGAGAAAAAUGAGCAAGCUAAGAUAUGAAGAAGACCCAAGUGAGCAUGCGAAUAACUCCGAGGAGUGUUCAGACGCCGCGACAGAUUCACCCACCGACGAAAGUGACGAAUCGGAAAGUUCCCAGAGUGACAAACUUUCAGGUGAAAAGUUGGAGGGCGCAAAAGAUAACCAUUCUGUGAAGAGGAAAAAGGCCUUGCCGAAUAAGGGCAAACUGAAGGCGACUCCGGAGGAAAACGCAAAUGAAGAUAUAUCCGACUUGGAAAGCAAGGUGAUGCAGUUUUUAUAG